CUUGCAGCCGUAUGUAGUGUUAGAUGCAGCGCUCACGACCAAUUUUAGUCCUUAGUACAUUUCUACAAGCUUGUAAAGACACACAUGCGUCCUUGGAUUAAUCGCUAAUUUCGUAUUUAUUUUUUUGUUUUAUUUAAUUUUAAAAUGACCAUGGGUAGUGCCGUAGCUGUGCAGAAAAAGAAGAGAAAAGAUUUUAUACCUUACUUUCUGGGAUUUGUAAUAUUUUUGUAUUGCACGGUCAGUCUCCUUUCAGUAACAGCAAAAACAGCACAGGAAAGUCACUCUGUCAGGGUGCGUCGGGCCGUGGAGAAUGAGACAGAAUGCAUCCCGCCACAGUCCUCCGAGUUUCCUGAAGGCUUCUUCACAGUGCAGGAGAGGAAGGACGGAGGGCUCGUCAUUUAUUUUAUGCUUAUUUUCUACAUGCUUUUGGCUGUCUCUAUAGUCUGCGACGAUUACUUUCUGCCAUCAUUAGAAGUAAUCAGUGAACGUCUGGGAUUGUCACAGGACGUAGCAGGAGCCACGUUUAUGGCAGCUGGAAGUUCUGCACCUGAACUAGUCACAGCCUUCCUAGGUGUGUUUGUGACAAAAGGGGACAUUGGGGUCAGCACCAUUGUGGGAUCGGCUGUCUACAACCUGCUAGGAAUCUGUGGUGCCUGUGGACUUUUAGCCUCUAUGGCUGGGCGUCUCACCUGUUGGCCACUAUUCAGGGAUUGCCUGGCAUAUGGGAUCAGUGUUGCUGCUGUCAUUGGGAUUAUUUCAGAUAACAAAGUUUACUGGUAUGAUGCUGCCUGUCUCCUGCUGGUCUACGGCGUUUACAUUGUGGUUCUGUGCUUUGACCUUCGCAUCAGUGAGUUUGUCCUGAGGAAGCUGAGCCCUUGCUGCACGUGUCUGGGGUCAGGUUCGUAUGAAAAGAUUGAGACACAGCGUCUGCUGGGUUGGAAUGACGACACCAGUUUGCGAGUCCACAGUCGCUCCAGAACAGACAGUGGGAUCUUCCACGAUGAGUCAGGAUACUCUCACCUGUCCCUCAGCCUACACGGACUCAAUGAGAUUCCUGAAGCAGAGCAUAAAAGUGUCUUUGCCGUCCCGGAGAGCGACAUGAAACGGAUUCUGUGGGUACUGUCCCUGCCCAUCAUCACUCUGCUUUUCCUCACCAUCCCUGACUGCAGGAGAAGGUUCUGGAAGCAGUGGUUCGUGAUCACUUUCCUCAUGUCAGCAGUCUGGAUCUCAGCUUUUACAUAUGUGCUGGUGUGGAUGGUCACUGUAGUUGGUGAGACCCUUGCUAUCCCCGAUACUAUUAUGGGACUUACUUUGCUUGCUGCUGGAACCAGUAUACCUGACACUGUGGCCAGUGUGAUGGUGGCCAGAGAAGGGAAAGCCGAUAUGGCCAUGUCCAACAUUGUGGGCUCUAAUGUGUUUGACAUGCUGUGCCUGGGUUUGCCUUGGUUCAUCAAAACUGCCUUUGUGGACACCAACAACCCUGUAGAGGUCAACAGCACUGGACUGGUCUUUAUUUCCUGCACACUUCUCCUUUCAAUUGUCUUCCUUUUCGUAGCCGUGCACAUCAACGGAUGGAAGUUGGACUGGAAGCUGGGAAUCGUUUCUCUCAUCUGCUACAUCCUCUUUGCCACUCUGUCCAUCCUGUAUGAGCUGGGAAUUAUUGGGAAUAAUCCCCUAAGGCUGUGCAGCGACUGAGAUCUGACCUUCUCAGGACUAAAGCCAUAUUUUCUGAGUAAAAACAAAAAUGUUAAGCUUUUAAAAAAUGUACAAAUAUCAAGUUGCUACGGCACGCAUACGUGAUGGUCACCUCAGUGAAUGAUCUAUUGGUAAUAUAUUUUACCAAAGGUGGCAAUGUUCCUAGGAUCAUUCUUUUGGGCGUGUACACCAAGAUCCAGACAAGACCAGUAUCAUCACAAGGCCCAUCUUCACAUUGCAAGACAUUCCUUGUCUUACAUAAGGGUCAUGAACAAAAAGCUACUGCUCCCACAGGUUUACUGCAGAUUUCCAAUAAGAAAAGAAAUAAAAGGUUUAAACUGAACUCAUCUGGCCUUGUCCUCCUUUUUAAGAGUGUGGUUGAGCUAAAACAAAGACUUAUUUCUCUGAUAAGCUUUUAUGAGCAAGAAAGAAUGGUAGAGCCAUAAAUAGUUAAAAAAAAAAAAAAGAAAGAAAGAAAGAAAAACUUUCCACUCAUCUUCAGUUCCCUAAAACUGUCAUGAAUUUUUUUUCCACAACCAAGUUUGCAAUGCUUGCGUGGACUUUAGACACUAAUCUACCCUCAGAACAAACCCAACAAAGCUUAGUUCAAGCUAAGCACAAAAACCUUCCAAAAAUAAGAAUUUGUUCAAAACUGUAGCAAAUCUAAUUCAAAUAAAAAUAGUUUAAAAUCCCGUUUUAAUCUGUAGCUUUGAUGAAAUCUUUCUAACAGCUUGAGGACACACUGUUAUGCAUCUUUUUUACAGCACUGAUGUCUAGUUAGGUGUCCGUAUUGUAUUCCCCUGACAUACACAUGCCAUAAUAUAACUAAAAACAACAAACAAAUCUAAACAAAACAGCUACUUUUGGCUGUAUUCUUAUUAACAGGUCGCCGCAGCAGGUAACUCAGUUUGUCAGGAUUAUGCCAAACCCACUCGCGAUCUAACUAAAAAUACUAAACUUUAAGCUUUAAAUACUUGAAUAUCUUUUUGUUCCUAUAAAAUAAGCUCAUACUGAGUUUCAUCUGUGGACUAUUGUGGUAUUUU